AUGGCCUCCAUCGCCGCGUCUUGCGUCACCCCCGUUCUUCCCCGCGCGAGCGCACCGCGGGGAGCCCGUUCCGCCGCCUCCGCGCGCCUACCCCGCCACGGCCUCGCGUCCGCCUGCCCGCUGCAGCUGCGGAGCGCAACCUCCGCGUGGUCACGGAAUCCCGCUUCCGCCGCCUCCGCGCGGCCGGGAGUUGCGCGCGCGGUGGUGAUCGAGUCGCUCCCGCGCGAGUUCGGGCUGGUGGUUCUGACCGCUGCUGCUAGCGCUGUGCUGACGCAAUGGCAGAUGAUCGAGGUAGCAAAGCAACGGAGGGCCAGCAACGUCCCGUACCCCAAGAUGUACGAGGACAAGGAGGACAGCCUGUUCAACUGCUACCAGCGCGCCCACCAGAACACCCUUGAGAGCUACCCCGCCUUCCUCUCGCUGCUCCUCAUUGCUGGCUACGCCUACCCCAUCACUGCCUCUGCGUGCGGAAUGGUGUGGGUCAUUGGCCGCGUCUUCUACUCCCUCGGACAUGUGCUCUCGCUGCCUCCAUUCCACCACUUCCCCCACUUUCUCACUCCCCGUGCUUCCCACCCCACUGCUCUCCAGCUGCUACACAGGCAAUUCCCGCAACAGAGUGCAGGGCAUGUGGGGCACGUUAGGCCUGCUUCCAAUGGCAUGUGGGGCACGUUAGGCCUGCUUCCAAUGGCAUGUGCUCACACACACACACUCCCUCUCACCCACGUGCUCUCGCUCCCUCCUUUCCACCACUACCCGUGCUUCCUUCCGCACCCCCUGCCCCAGCUACCCCACAGUCAGGGCAUGUGUUUCACAGUCACUCCCCUCCCUUUCACAGUCAACCUGCUGCUAUCGCAUUUUUUCACACUCACUCCCCUCCCUUCCACACUCCCCCUGCCUCCCUCCCCCCUCUCCCCCUGCCUCAGCUACUACACAGGCAAGCUGCGCAACCGCGUGCAGGGCAUGUGGGGCACAUUCGGCCUGCUGCUACUGAAUGUGCUCCCACACACUCUCCCGCUCGCUCUCACGCACGUGCUCUCACCUCAUUCCUCCACUCCCUGUGCUUCCCUCCCCGCCACCCCCCUGCCUCAGCUACUACACCGGCAACCCGCGCAACCGCGUACAAGGCAUGUGGGGCACAUUCGGCCUGCUGCUACUGAAUGUGCUCCCACACACUCUCCCGCUCGCUCUCACGCACGUGCUCUCACCUCAUUCCUCCACUCCCUCUACUACACCGGCAACCCGCGCAACCGCGUACAAGGCAUCUACUACACCGGCAACCCGCGCAACCGCGUACAAGGCAUGUGGGGCACAUUCGGCCUGCUGCUACUGAAUGUGCUCCCACACACUCUCCCGCUCGCUCUCACGCACGUGCUCUCACCUCAUUCCUCCACUCCCUGUGCUUCCCUCCCCGCCACCCCCCUGCCUCAGCUACUACACCGGCAACCCGCGCAACCGCGUACAAGGCAUGUGGGGCACAUUCGGCCUGCUGCUACUGAAUGUGCUCCCACACACUCUCCCGCUCGCUCUCACGCACGUGCUCUCACCUCAUUCCUCCACUCCCUCUACUACACCGGCAACCCGCGCAACCGCGUACAAGGCAUGUGGGGCACAUUCGGCCUGCUGCUAUUGAAUGUGCUCCCACACACUCUCCCGCUCGCUCUCACGCACGUGCUCUCACCUCAUUCCUCCACUCCCUGUGCUUCCCUCCCCGCCACCCCCCUGCCUCAGCUACUACACCGGCAACCCGCGCAACCGAGUGCAAGGCAUGUGGGGUACGUUCGGCCUGCUGGGUCUGCUCGUGACUGCCGGGGUGUUUGGGGUGCGCCAGCUGCUGUGAGCUGGAGCAGUGCUGCUGUGAGCUGA